AUGACUCGGCUUAAAAUUUUUAAAUAUUUUUCAGAAAAAUAUAAACAAAAAACUAAUCCGAUUUCAGACGGAUCUGAUGAAAUACUUAUACAAAGAAAAAAUCUGAAAAGCUAUUUUAAUUUCAUAAUUUCAAAAGCUCGAAAAAAAAAUAAAAAAAAUAAUAUUGAAAAUUCUAAAGACUAUAAUAAAACAAACUCUCACGAAAGUGCAAAAGACAUUCCAUUUCAAUUUGAAAAGGGGUUAAAGAAAAGUAACAGUCUGUGGAAUAAGUUUACAACUAAUGUUACAGCUAAUAAAAAAAAAAAUAAUAAUAAUAUUAAUAAUAGUAAUAAUAAUGAUAAUAGUAAUAAUAUAAACGUGGCUAAAACAGUAAAUAAGCUAAACAAAUUAAUAGCUAAUGGAAAUUUUAAAGAAAUUAAAAAAAAUAGAAAAUCUUUCUGUUUUAUUAAAAAUAAUAAUAAUGUUGAAAGAACCAAGUUGCUAAAAAUUGACGAUGAGGAUAAUAAAAAAAAAGGAAUUUUUAAAAUUAAUUUUUUAAAACUAAAAAACAAUAAAAGCACGAAGCCCAUGAUGUCAACUAAAAAUUAUAGCAAUAAUAUAAACAGCAAAAAUAAUGAAAAAAGUGCGAUACCCUCACCAAAUAAAGAGAUAAGUAUUUUAAAAAAUAAAUUUAAUAAGAAUUCGUUAACAAAUUUUAACAGAAAACACGCAAUAUGUAAAAUGCAAAUUAAAAAAGACAAUCCAAUAAAUGUUGUUAAAGAUUUAUUUAGCAACAAUAUGUUCAUAUAUAACAAAUCCAUUUCAGAUAAAGAAAAUGACACCCAUAUCAAAAAUAAUAACCAAUUUGUUGAAGAAAAGCAAGUUUUAAAUAAUAUACAAUCUAAAACUGCUCCGUCUAAACAACGAAAUGUAUCACAAAUCGAUCCACAAGAAGAGAUGCUUACACAAUAUAGAAAUGAUUUCAUUCGGAAACUAAAAAAUGAUAUGUGCUACGAAGAUUAUUUGGAAGAUUAUAACUUAAAUAUGAAUAAUAAUAAUAAAAAUAAUUUUCAACGUUUAAAUUGUGAUAAUUUAUAUAUCCAUGAUAUGUAUGAAAAAUCAAAAAAAAAAAGAUUGAGAAAAUUUAUUCCAUUAUCAAAUAAGAAAAAAAGAAGAAUAAAACCAGACAAUUUUAAUUUUUUAAAAGUUAUUGGAAAAGGCUCAUAUGGAAAAGUAUUAUUAGUUAAACAUACACAAAGCAAUAAAUUGUAUGCUAUGAAAAUAUUAAAAAAAGAUAAUAUAAUUUCACAAAAUCAAUUUGAGCAUACAAAAGUUGAAAAAAAUAUAUUAAAAUGUGUUUCCCAUCCAUUUAUAGUUAAAAUGUAUUAUUCUUUUCAAACUUCAAAAAAAUUAUAUUUUAUAUUAGAAUAUUGCCCGGGUGGAGAAUUAUUUUUUCAUUUAUCAAAAUUAACAAAAUUCACAGAAAACAUAGCAAGAUUUUAUAUUUCUGAAAUUAUUAUAGCUUUACAAUAUUUACAUAAAUUAAACAUUAUAUAUAGAGAUUUAAAGCCCGAAAAUGUUCUAUUGGAUAAAAAUGGUCAUAUAAGAUUAACUGAUUUUGGAUUAUCAAAGGAAUGUAUUAGUGAUAAUAACUCAGCAAAAUCAUUAUGUGGAACCCCGGAAUAUUUAUCCCCUGAAAUUAUACACCAAACUGGGCAUGGAAAAUCUGCAGAUUGGUGGAGCUUGGGUGUAAUGCUAUAUGAAAUGGUAACUGGACAAUUACCAUUUAAUGGAAAAUCUAGAGACCUCUUAUUUGAAAAUAUUAAAUAUAAAAAAAUAAAAAUUUCUAAUAGACUAUCACCAGAAGUUGUUGAUUUAUUAAAAAAACUAUUACAAAAAAAUCCGCAAAAAAGGUUAGGAUCGGGUAUAACGGAUGCAGAAGAAAUAAAAAAACACCCUUUCUUUAAAAAAAUUAAUUGGGAUGAUGUUAGCUCUAAAAAAUUGUCACCCCCAUUUAAACCAGCUUUAUUUAACAAAACAGAUUUACAAAAUUUUGAUGAAGAAUUUUUGUGCAUGUCUCUCAGGCACUCAGACAAGUUUGACACACAUUCUUUUGAUCUUAAUUCCCAUAACACACUAUUUAGGGAUUUUAGCUACAACUUUAACGAGAAUUAA